AGACUUUGGAAUAAGCCCACUGGAGACUGCAGGGUCCCGUCUUUUACCUUUUUUUUUGUUUUUGGUCGAAAACUAUUCAUUGAGCACAAGAUGAUGUCCGACGCCAGCGAUAUGUUGGCCGCAGCCUUGGAGCAAAUGGAUGGGAUCAUAGCAGGCUCCAAGGCCAUGGACUACUCCAAUGGGCUGUUUGACUGCCAGUCGCCCACAUCACCUUUUCUGGGUGGCCUACGGGUGCUGCACCUACUGGAGGACUUGCGAGCAGCACUGGAGCUCAUGGACAAUGAGGAGAGGGACAACCUGCGGUGUCAGAUCCCAGAUUCCACUGCAGAGGGACUGGCGGAGUGGCUGCAUGGACGAAUGACUGGCGACCAUGGGGCAGAAGCAGUCUACCAGGAGCGUCUGUCACGUCUGGAGAGUGACAAAGAAUGUCUUAUUCUUCAGGUAAGUGUUUUAACAGACCAAGUGGAAGUGCAAGGUGAAAAGAUUCGGGAUCUAGACAAAUGUCUUGAGCAUCAUCGGGAGAAACUAAAUGCUACUGAGCAGCUGCUUCAACAGGAGCUGUUGACCCGGAGCGCACUGGAGACCCAGAAGCUGGAGCUGAUGACUGAGGUGUCCAGCCUAAAGCUGAAGCUGACCGCUGUGGAGAGAGAUCACAGAGACAAUGAGGGCUUGUAUCAGGAAGUAACAGACCUGCGGUUCAGGGUGACUGACAUAGAGAAUGAAAGACUGCAGUGUGAGAAGAAACUCAAAACAACCAAAGAGGAGCUGCAGCUUCUGCAGAAGCAGCUGGAGGAGCGAGAGAUGGAGCUGAGGAGGCUGAAGGAUGAGAGCAGACUGAGGGUGGAGAGCCACAACAGAGCCGAGGGAGGAGAACGAGAUGCUGAAAUGUUGAAGAUGAAGCUGGUGUUGGAAUCACUGACAUCAGAAAACGAUGGCAAGGAAAGAAGAAUUAAAGAGCUGGAGGAGUCACUUUUAAAGUGCAAGACAGAGCAGGAGCUGGUCAAAGAGAAGUUGAAGGAGGAUGACUAUGACGAUAUCCCAGAUGAUCCCUCGGUUUCUGUCUCCAUGGAGGUGGAUCAGGUGACCCUGGAGUUGGAGGGGGAGGCAGGAAGGAGCUCCGGCGAGUCUAUUCCAUGCAUAGCAGUGCUCUCGGAAAUGAAUGACCUGGACAGAGAGCGACAGUUACAGGCAGCCGAAAGUUCCUUAGGUGUUGUACAGCCGGGCAACUCCGUUGUAACCAGCAGCUCUGAGCAGGCUAAAAAUAAAGCAGGACCUGGUUCCUCCCCUUCUAAGGGAAAAACCACAAGUGAGGACAGUUUUGGUACCAAGAAGGCCCGCUCCUCUUUCGGCCGUGGCUUCUUUAAGCUGCGUGGAGGCAAGCAGGCAGCCAGCGCCCCCAACCUUGCAGAGACAGAACGUAAAGGCACAGAGCACCUCGACUUGGCUGGUGUUCCUCCACGGAAAUCCCAUGAAGCAGCUCCUCUGCCGUCCUCCCCCGAAACCAAGAAGAAGUCCAGAGGGUUGAUGAAAUUCUUUGGCAGGCUGAAGAGGAGUCACUCCACCUCCUUCAACCUCGAUGAUGCAGCUGAGAUGGAGUUCAGGAGGGGCGGAGUCAGAGCCACAGCUGGACCUCGACUUGGCUGGUCGCGUGAAUCAAAGCAAAAUGCUGUUGAUGUUCCUUUCUCGCGGUGGAGUAAAGAUGACGUUUGUGUGUGGCUCCAUGAGCAGGGCCUCGGGUUAUAUGUUGCCCAGGGCCAGAACUGGAUCAAAUCAGGACAAACGUUACUGCAGGCAUCACAGCACGAUCUGGAGAAGGAGUUGGGCAUAAAGCAGCCUCUCCACAGGAAGAAGCUCCAGCUGGCCCUGCAGGCUCUCGGGUCAGAGGAGGAGGAUCUGAAGGGCAAACUGGACCACAACUGGGUGAACAGAUGGCUGGAUGACAUCGGCCUCCCGCAGUACAAGAGUCACUUUGAUGAGGCUCGUGUUGAUGGACGCAUGCUGCACUACAUGACAGUGGAGGACCUGCUGUCUCUGAAGGUCGGCAGUGUUCUCCAUCACCUCAGCAUCAAGAGAGCCAUUCAGGUCCUCCGACUGAACUUCUACGAACCCAGCUGUCUCAGACGACGACCCUCUGAUGAGAACAACGUCACGCCGGCUGAGAUCUCCCAGUGGACCAACCACAGAGUGAUGGAGUGGCUGCGCUCUGUGGAUCUGGCAGAAUAUGCCCCCAACCUGAGGGGGAGUGGUGUUCAUGGAGGGCUGAUGGUGUUGGAGCCUCGUUUUAACGUGGAAGCACUCGCCCUUCUGCUCAACAUUCCUCCCAACAAAACCCUGCUGAGACGCCACCUGGCCACACAUUUUCACCUGCUCAUUGGCUCCGAGGCUCAGCGGCUCAAACAGGACUGUCUGGAAAACCCAGACUACAGCGUCCUCACAGCCACGGCCAAGGUCAAGCCAAGACGCCUGUCAUUUGGUGGUUUUGGCACUCUGAGGAAGAAACGUCAUGACGACGGUGAGGAGUACGUCUGCCCCAUGAAUGUGGAAAUGCCCAAGAACAGCAGCUUCCAGAGGAGCGUCCGGAUCUACCAGGAUAACUUUGACCACCUGGAACAGAUGGAAGACUCUGAAGGAACCGUCAGACAGAUAGGAGCGUUUUCUGAGGGAAUCAAUAAUCUGACGAGCAUGCUGAAGGAGGAUGAGUUUUUUCGGGAGAUCUCCGUUUGCCCUCCAGAGGACGACACAGCAGAAAUGCACAGUAACUCCAACAUCUGACUGAACCGACUCCACCUCUGAGCAGCCUUUGUAGUCGAACACGUGAGACUUGGACAGUAUUUCCAUCAUUCACACACACACACACACACAGUUUCCAUGACCAUAUAUAUAUUUAUUGAAGUUGUCCAAAACAUAUUGCAUGAACUGAAAAUGCAAGAUUUAAUAGCAUUAAUGUACCCCUUUCUGCAUUUAUUGUAUUAUUCGAGCAUUUGUGUUUUUCUCAGUAAUCAGUGAGUUAAGCUUUAAGCAUUUCUCCUCUUAUUGUAGGGACUCAUCCUCAGUAGUAGUCAGACUCAUGCUUGUGGUACGUGAGGUUGCAUUGUUACCUUCUACAGAGUCAUUUACUUUGUUUGGAAUCUAACUGCAAAGGUAGAUAUGAUUUUAUUUUUCCAGGUUUUGAAAUUUCACUCCAUUGUGACGGAGGUGAGUAGGAUGUUCUGUGUGGUGCAUCUUUUCACAAAGUGUCCGUGUCAGACUGUGAAAAACUUAGUGUCAGUGGCACUGGUCCAUGUUGCAGUUUAAUUUUUAACUGAGAGCACCACACACACAUCCGUUCAGUCAUAAAGCAGUGGAGGCAGAAAUAUCAAAACCUACACUAAUAAAACUACAAUCAUUUAUGGAGCAAGACUCCACUGGGAGGGAGACAUUUUUAUAAAUGUUUAUGUUCUUAAUGACAAUUGGAGACGAAUACACCACACUUGCCUGUCUUAAGCUUAUGUCUACAUCAUAGUCUACACCAGCGGUGUCCAAUCCUGGUCCUCGAAGGCCACAGUCCUGCAUGUUCUAGAUGUUUCCCUCUUCCAACACACCUGA